UGCAGUCUGCCCCGCCUUCGGCUGAGCCGAGCUGGCCGCUGAUUGGUUGGGUGGCGGCGUGUUGCAGGAAGCUCCCUGCCGAUCCGCUAUGGGAGGCGGAAGUGUCGCCUGACUGGGGCUGUGUGGUGGGGUGUCACACAGACAGGGACCGGACCUCUCCCGGGGAGGAGGAGGCGGCAUCAGUGCGAUGAGAGCAGCCCCGGAGGGAUGGCCGCGGUGAAGACGAGUCACAGCCGGGCUGGAAAGAGAGAGGAGGAGAACGGGGGUCUGGACCGCUCCCUCCAGCAGAUGAUCUCAGCCAUAGUGGACGAGAGGAACCGCCUCAAUAUCCGCCAGGAGAUCAGCGGCCUGGGCUACUUUAAAGAUGACCGCAUCGUGUUUUGGACCUGGAUGUAUUCCACAUACUUUAUGGAAAAAUGGGCUCCGCGGCAGGACGACAUGCUGUUCUACGUCCGGCGAAAACUGUCUUACGUCAACACCAAUGGCAAUGAAGGCAAAAAGGUGACUAGCAGAGGAGUACCCUGCAGGCAGGUAGAGGUUGAGGUCUAUCGUAAGGAUUCUAAGAAGCUACCCGGCCUCGGAGACCCUGACAUAGACUGGGAGGAGAGCGUCUACCUGAAUCUUAUUUUACAGAAGCUGGAUUACAUGGUGACGUGUGCAGUGUGUACCCGCUCCGACGCUGGCGACAUUCACAUCCAUAAGAAGAAAUCCCAGCAAGUAUUUGCCUCUCCAAGCAAACACCCGAUGGACAGCAAAGGGGAGGAGUCAAAGAUCAGUUACCCCAAUAUCUUCUUCAUGAUUGACAACUUUGAAGAGGUGUUCAGCGAUAUGACUGUGGGGGAAGGCGAGAUGGUUUGUGUUGAGCUUGUGGCCAGCGACAAAACAAACACAUUUCAAGGCGUCAUUUUCCAGGGCUCCAUCCGGUACGAAGCUCUGAAGAAAGUGUACGACAACCGAGUCAGCAUGGCAGCCAAGAUGGCUCAGAAGAUGUCCUUUGGCUUCUACAAAUAUAACAACAUGGAGUUUGUGCGGAUGAAAGGACCACAAGGGAAAGGCCACGCCGAGAUGGCUGUGAGCAGGGUGUCCACCGGCGACACGUCUCCGUACGGUACAGAGGAUGGCUCCAACCCCGGGUCACCGCUGCAUGAAAGGGUCACGUCAUUCAGUACGCCUCCCACCCCAGAGCGCAACAACCGCCCGUCCUUCUUCUCGCCUUCUCUCAAGAGGAAAGUGCCCAGGAACCGAAUAGCGGAGAUGAAGAAGUCUCACUCGGCCAAUGACAGUGAAGAGUUCUUCCGAGACAGCGACGAUGGGGGAGAUAUUCAUAGUGCAACCAACCUGAGAUCGCGCUCCCUCUCUGGAACAGGGAGGUCUUUGGUAGGAUCGUGGCUGAAAUUGAACAGAACUGAUGAGAACUUCUUACUCUAUGCACAUCUGACCUACGUCACCCUGCCACUACAACGCAUCCUGUCAGAUAUUUUGGAUGUGCGACAGAAGCCGAUCCUCAUGUCAUAGCAGAGAACGUUGGCACUGCCUUUGGGGAAAACAGAAAUUUCACUGCCCAAGUGCCUACCUGAUCUGCAGUGGUUUUGUGAGACAACACUACCACCUAGUGUCCAGGAGCGGACAUGCGCAGGACAAGAAAACAAAAAGACAAGCCCGUUUAUUAUAUGUGGAGGCUGAAAAACCUGUUGCUCGUACCUGCAGUAGGAAAGGGGUUAAUUAAAAAACAAAAACAAAGAAAUACCAGCUAGUCUAAAGUGCCUCUCUUAACCCUUCCUCCGCUGGUGUAUGCUCCCUCACAUCGUACAGUCCGUCUGGUUGGGAGACUUUGUAACUACAAAAAAAACAAAAAAAAACAGGGGCUGUCGUAAAACAACUGUGCUUUAUAAAGAGAAAAAAAAAUUUGUAAUACCAACUUUUUAUUGCAAGCGCUAAGCGAACAAAAGUGAACAGUAUGUACGCAGUAUGGUAAAAAGAUUUCAAUGAAUGUCAUGACGUGAUUCAGUGGACUACAAACUAACUUGGUAUAUUUGUGUCUUUACUUUAUCCAGCCUAAAAGUGUGUGAGCAUAAUGUGUAACUUAGAAGAGCUUCGUUCUCUCUGUGGAAAAGUACCGAUAUUUUUUUUUAGAAUUUUUUUUUUAUGUAUGCGUCUAUUUACUCAUUUUAUCAUUUUUUUUUUUUUUUUGUGUAAGGGAAGCGAGAAGAGAACUUUGAUCAUGAAGUUUCUAUCCAUGUCUGUCUUUUUUUUUUUUUUUUUUUAAAUGCAUAAGUUCCGUGUGUCGUCCCUUUGUAGAAUAUAUACAGGUCACAUCUAACUGGACGUAGAGUUCCCUGUACUGACAAGAUGCCAGUGACUCAUUAGUAUGUUAAUGGGGGACUUGGGAGUAAUGUGAAUGUCCGUGUUUGUUGAUUUCUUUGGGUCUUGGUUGUUUACGUGUUGGGUCCUCCGCUAUAUUGGCGUAUGCACUCUGCCCGUGUGUUUAUUGGUCCCGUCUGAAAAGCUCCUUGUAGCAUUUAUUUUGCUAAUAACAUUUUUUUUUUUUUUUUAUCUUUUUUUAUUCUUUUUUGCUGGUCAGGUCCAUAUGACACGCACUGUACUUAAACAGUACAUUAAAAAAAUGCAGCUGAAACCGCUGCACCUAAAUUCCUGUGUGGGGCAAAGAGAGGAAUCGCCUAAAAAAAAUUUUUUUACUAGAAAUAAAUGGGGAAAAAAAAUAAGAAAAUUGUAUUUUGGUUUGAAAUACCAUUGCUAUAAUUGUUUGGAUUAUACACGUGACUCCACAAAAAGAGGCAGUCCGCACGCUAAACCAAUAUCCCGCUUUAUCACUUCACAGGAAACUAGUGACAUGACUAGGGCACAAGGCUGCAAUAGAACCAACGUUCAGCCCAUAUCAUGGCCACCCCCACUGUGACUUGGCCAUCAUACACUCUUUAAAUAGUUCACGUUUCCUUUGUAUUUAAAUAACUGAAUUUCACUUAAUUGAGAACACGUCUUUUUCACAUGUAUCACAGACCAUUAAAGAACUGGCUAAUUUAUUUACUUGUUUAAUACGCUCUAUUAUUUUCCAAUGUAUUCACUCUUAAAAAAAAAAAGUAUUAUAAAAUUAAACAUGCUGAAUAACCGGA